CGAAUUCAAAUCUCCGGCCUCCUCCCCUCCCCUCCUCGUCUCCCAACCGCCGCCUCCUCCGUUCCCGUCCUCCGCCCCGGGGCACCUCCGGAUAUCCCUAGUCCUCCGAGGACGGCCACCCGUCUCCUCAUCGGUUGACCAUGGCGGAGAACCCCGGCGCGGAAGGCGGCGCCAAGGCGGCGGCGGCCGAGAGGCGCGUCGCGCUCGGGGACGCCACCAACGUCGUCGCCGGCGGGCGCAGGCUGGGCGGGGUACUCACGGAAAAGGAAGUGGAUGAAGCUACAAAGUUGAAACCAGAGAAGCUAUUGGAGAAGCAGUGGCACAGGGAAAGAGCAGAGAUGGAACUACCGAAGCUGAAGAAAAUUGAAGCUAAAGCAGAUAAGCUAGAGCUUGAAUUCGGAUCAUGUAAUGUGCUGCUCAGCGACAAACGUGACGUGUCUCCUUAUGGCGAUGUACAUCAAAAGCAAGCAUUAACAAAUUUGAAUGAAAUUGGUGAAGCUACCCUUGCUAAGGAUAGUGCUGAAAGUGGGACUGGGGAGGUCAGCUGGCUUGAACAUCUGCUUGCUGCAGUCCGCGAAGAAAGAGAUAAACCGAUGCAGGACCAAUCUAUGCUGAAUAAACAAGAAACAAGAAAUGCUGAUGAUACAUCAUUGAAGGAUAUGUUGUCUGGUUUAAAUGGAAUGGACAAAAUAUUUGUAACACUGGAGAGAACUUUGAACGAAAUGAUUAGUCGUCAGCAAGAUGAACGUAUUUUCAAUGAAAGGUUAAGCAUCGAAAGAAGCAAAGUGCAGUCUUUAGAGCAAGAGAUAGAUCAGCUACGUUCACAGGUGGCCCUACUGCAGUCAAAGUUAGAUCGUGGGGAAAACUCUGCCUCAAGCACAAAAGUAACAUGUGCAGUAGAUACUCUUUCAGUGGAUAGUGAAGCGAAGACCAAGCUAAACAAAAAGGAAGAUAGGUUGUGGGCAGUUGAAGAAUUAAAAGGACAAGCUGGUGGUGCAAAGAAACAACCUAUUUUCAUUGAAAUACGUGAUGAUGAGGAUACAUGCAUGUCGUGCAAUGAUAAUGAGAAACCUUCUCUCAUAUCAUAUGACUCUGGUAGUGGAGAACCAGGGUCUGAAUUGUGGCAUUUUAUGGGGAAUGAUGAAUGGUUUUUCCGUGGAAAUAAACUAAUGCUCUCUUCUGGAAUGAAGAAACACCUGAGAGAACUCUGUGGUUAUGCCCCACCAGAGAUUCCAUUUUAUGUAUACCAAAUGAAUAAAUCAAACUUGAAGACAAGGGGAAGGAUGCGGCUCUCUGCAAAGUACGUCUCUAGGUCAUUGAUUUCUUGCCUGGAUAAAGGGGUGGGCUUGGCUCAUUUUGAAGUCGAUGGGCAAGAUUGUGGUACUGUUAGAGUGCAGCUUAAUGCAGAUGGCCGUGCGAGUCUCACAAUGGGCUGGGAAAAUCUGGUUGCAGCUAAGGACAUUAAAGUUGGUGACAUAUGCGCCUUUCACUUCAGGAUUUCUGAUGGUGUUCUUAAGCUGUCCGUCCAUGUGUUCCAUGCGGUACGCCACUUGGUGUGUGCGAGAUAAGUGCAAGCCAAGUUUUUUUGGCCGUGAACUAUGCCCGUGGAAUGGAAAGGUCAGGUAACAUUGCUAGGACUUUAGUGUAACUAGAUCAGCAUGAAGUACCAAAGCAGCAGUAUCCUAUCUAAUCUGCCAGUGUUUACCUGAGGCACAACUUGUUCCUUGAAACGUAAUUUUAGUGGUGGGUACAUCAUGCUGCAACCAAUGUGGUACUCAGUUGCACUUUGUCAGCAUUCAUUACCAUUGCUAUAAUAAUGUCUGUUUUGGUUA